GUCCACAACGGAAGGACGUUUCGCUGUACCACAACACCAAAAGCACUACUCCUAAGCCAUCUGAUCUCCACUCCUGCGAAGUGAGCACGUCCACCAAAUAUUUCGCGCCACUUGCCGGCUCUAACGACGGUUUAGUUAAUUAGUUCCACAUCAACCAUGAGCUCCAGGAUGGCCGGAGCAGCGGUCCUGCGCCACCUAGGCCCCCGCCUCUUCGCCGCCGAGCCGUUGACCGUGCCCGCGGCCGCGAGGAUCCUCCCCGCACGGAUGUCCAGCACGGCCGCCGCGCCAGAACAGCGCCAAAAGCCCGAGGCCCCGGCGCCGGAGGGGCAGGACAAGAUCAAGGCCGUCGUCAGCUACUGGGGCAUCCAGCCGCGGAAGCUCGUGAAGGAGGACGGCACGGAGUGGAGGUGGUUCUGCUUCAGGCCAUGGGACACGUACAGAGCGGACACGUCGAUCGACAUGAAGAAGCACCACGAGCCGAAGGCGCUGCCCGACAAGCUGGCCUACUGGCUGGUGAAGUCGCUGAUCGUGCCCAAACAGCUCUUCUUCCAGCGCCGGCACGCGAGCCACGCGCUGCUGCUGGAGACGGUGGCGGCCGUGCCGGGGAUGGUGGGCGGCAUGCUCCUGCACCUGGGCUCGCUGCGCCGCUUCGAGCACAGCGGCGGCUGGAUCCGCGCGCUGCUGGAGGAGGCCGAGAACGAGCGGAUGCACCUCAUGACGUUCCUGGAGGUGGCGCAGCCCAAGUGGUGGGAGCGCGCGCUCGUGCUCGCCGCGCAGGGCGUCUUCUUCAACGCCUACUUCGUCGCCUACCUCGCCUCGCCCAAGUUCGCGCACCGCUUCGUCGGCUACCUCGAGGAGGAGGCCGUGCACUCGUACACCGAGUACCUCAAGGACCUGGAGGCCGGCGUCAUCGAGAACACCCCGGCGCCCGCCAUCGCCAUCGACUACUGGCGCCUCCCCGCCGACGCCAAGCUCAAGGACGUCGUCACCGUCGUGCGCGCCGACGAGGCGCACCACCGCGAUGUCAACCACUUCGCAUCGGACAUCCAUUACCAGGGGAUGAAGCUGAAGGACACGCCUGCGCCUCUCGGGUACCACUAAUUAGUCAACGUGGCCUGCUUCAUGAUUGUUAAUAAUUAACCUACUGCCUUGUUUGUGAUCUGCAUUAUUUAUGUCACAUGCUAUAAUCGAGUCUGAUUUGCGGGACACGCCUGCGCCACUCGGGUACCACUAAUUUAGUCAACGUGGCCCGCUAGUUUAUCAAUGUCGCUUGUAUUACGGGCCGGUCAUGAUGUUAAUUGACCUACUGCCUUGUUUGUGAUAAAUUUGUCUGCAUUAUUUGUGUAAAUAACUACCAAA